GAAAGAGAGAGAGAGAGAGAGAGAGAUGGGAGACCAAUCUGGGCUGUGCAGGGCAUUGAGCGAAUUUUUUGACAAGGCAAAAUGUUACUUGGCCAUGGUCUCCCUCCAAUUUGGUUAUGCUGGCAUGUACAUUAUUUGCAUGGUUGCCUUCAAGCGUGGCAUGAGCCACUGGGUUCUGGUAGUCUACCGUCACGCAGUUGCCACCCUAGUCAUGGCUCCAUUUGCAUAUUUUGUUGAAAGGAAAAUAAGGCCAAAACUUACUCUCAGAGUAUUCCUCAAGAUUCUGGCGCUUGGCCUCUUGGAGCCAGUGCUUGAUCAAAAUUUAUACUACGUUGGCAUGAAGUCAACAUCUGCAACAUUUGCAUCUGCUUUUGUCAAUGUUCUCCCGGCAGUUACUUUUAUAAUGGCCAUCGCUUUCAGGUUGGAAACAGUCAACCUUAAAAAGAUACAUAGUCUUGCAAAGGUGAUUGGAACAGCAAUAACAGUUAGUGGAGCAAUGGUUAUGACUUUGUAUAAAGGCCCAAUAAUCAAUAUUCUAUUUACACAUGGAGGAGGUCAUCACAGUUCCACUAAUGCUUCAUCUGAGCAGCAGCAUUGGGUCACUGGCAUAAUAACACUAAUAUCCUGUAUAUUUGGUUGGUCUGGCUUUUUCAUAUUGCAGUCCAUGACUCUCAAGGAAUAUCCGGCGGAGCUCUCCCUAACAGCCUUAGUUUGUUUGAUGGGCAUGAUUGAAAGUGGAAUUGUUGCUUUAAUAUUUGAACGCAAUAUGAGCGCUUGGGUAAUAGGUUUUGACUCUAGAUUUCUUGCUGCAGUUUACUCCGGUGUGGUAUGCUCUGGAAUUGCUUAUUAUAUGCAAAGUGUUGUAAACAAAAUGCGAGGUCCAGUGUUUGUGACUGCGUUCAGUCCUUUGAGCAUGGUGAUUACUGCUGUCCUAGGAGCUAUUGUGUUGGCUGAGCAAACCCAUCUUGGAAGUUUAAUUGGAGCUAUAGUCAUUGUCAUCGGCCUCUAUUCCGUGAUAUGGGGAAAAAGCAAAGAUCUAACUGCUGCGAAUGCAGAAUUUGAGAAAGGCAAAGCCAGUCAGUUAGAAACAUUUCAGAAGAAUAUAUCAGAUUUUGGGGAUGAUAUUGAUGUUGAAUCUAAUGGGGUAUCAACAUCUGCAGCGCAAAAAUUUCCACCCGAGCCAUGAUUGAAAUAGUGUAUUAGAUAUAUCAUUUUGCGGGUUUUAUAAAUGCUACAACUUAUCCUAUGUCCUAAGGUUGGAUUGGUCAAAACGUAGUUACAUUUUGAUUUUGUUUGGGUAGUUUUUAUAGCUUGUCAAUGAACUUCCUUUACAUCUAUUAAUUAACAAGAGCUUUGCGUUUUGUGUUGUACUCAA